CAGGCAGCCUCACACUGACUUCACAGUUAUUGUAGUGUACCAUUACAGUGGGUAGUCGCAGGCGGUAUAACCCCAAAGCAGGAGCCAGAGAGGGUAGUCUCGUUAGGGGAGCACUAUAGUCCUUCAUUUGUUCAACUGGUGUACGCGAACUCUUCAAAUGGCAGACCAACCAACAGAGGUGUCAGUGAGCAAGGAGACCUCCAGGACGCCACACAGUGUUAUCACGGAGGCACAGGUGAAGGUGGCGCUGACGGCGGACAAGGGCAGCAAUGCUCAGCUGGUUUCAUGGGAUAUUGAGGACUUCACCAGAAAAGGUGACAAUUACAUGUGUGUUGUGACGAGUAUACGAGUACAGUAUCGUCAAGAAGGAACCGAGAAGAGAGUCACAUAUGUAGCCAAGUGCGCCACACUUUCACAGGCAGAAAGUGUUAAGGAUAUGGUUUCCUGUAGUUUUGAGAAGGAGUCAGGAUUUUACAAAUAUUUAGUGCCACUGCUCAAUGCCGAGCUGAAUAAUCUUGGGCAAGAGCAACUACAUAUACCUACAUAUUUCUCGUCUCACGAAAUAAAAGGCGAGGAAUUAAUAGUGAUGGAAGACUUACGCCCAGACGGCUUUAAGAUGUUUGAUCGCAUGAAAGGUAUGGACAAGGCCCACGCCAUCCUCGUAUUGAAGGAGCUGGGCAGACUCCAUGCCGCAUCCAUCUUAAUUCAGUCAAAAAUUCAGCCAGCUUUAGGUGAAAAGUAUAAAGUGAUUGAAAAGGACUUUACUUACUACAAUAAAACUCUUGAAGAAUGGGGUCAGGAAAUGUUAGCUUCGAUGGUCACCAAUGGAGCGGCAAUGCUAGACAAUAUUGGUGAUUAUGAUAAAGUUGUCGUCUGGCUCAAUGAGUUUGCAAGAGACGUAAUAAAUGUGUUCCGUGAACAAUUGAAGAAGGUUCCACCGUUUGAAGUCUUGUGUCAUGGCGACUGCUGGAACAACAACAUUUUAUUCAAGUACAACGAGGAAGGUGCUCCUGUAGAUGUGAAGCUCUUGGACUUCCAGUUUUGUUCCGUAGCCUCGCCCGCCACAGACCUCAACUACUUCAUGUUCAACAGUUUCAACGGCUCUGAUAGGAAGGAAAACUUACAAGCAUAUUUAAACACUUAUUACGACUCCUUUAGGAAGGUGUUGGAGGAGGCUGGUACUCCAGUCCCAUUCAGUGUUGAAGAACUUCACCAAGAGUUUCAUAAGAAGAAUAUAUAUGGGCUGUUGAUGUCACUUCUUAUUAUCCCCAUUGUGCUCAAUGAAGGCACACAUAAAUUUGAUUUUAAUGAAACAAGCAAUAUGGAGAAAUUCAGGGAGGAUUACAAGGAAACAUCUCUGAAUGAGUUGAAAAAUAAUCCCAUUUUCCGUCCUCGUUUCAUCGCAAUAAUCGAUGAGAUGAUCAACUAUGGCGUCAUCUCGUAGUUACCAAACUCUUCUUACUAUUGAAGAACAAAUAUAAAUCAUUAGAUAGUGAGGACUUAAUUAAUCAUUGUGUAUACUAUAUCUUUUAUUGUUUCCUAAUUAUUACUGUAGCUGUGUAUUUCUUACUAUGAGUGAGAUGGUUUUAGUGUAUUAAUUAAUAUAAUAGUGUAUUUGGUAUUCUCCCUUAUUCCUUUACUCAUUCAUUCAAGCAUCUAGCAUCGCUUUUAAAGUACUUAUAUCGUAAUCAUGUUACACACACACAUACACACCCACAUGCAUACACACACACACGUACGUAAGCGCGCACACACACACACACACACACACACACACACACACACACACUACAUCCUUGACCACCGGAGGGUCACGAACUAUCAGACGCUGCUCCUGCCGUGCAGCGGCCCCUCUUGGCCAAUGUUCGGCCUAUUCCCCAAGUCCCGCUCCCCGACCCACCCACACCACCGGGAUAUCAACAUAAUCAAAAGUGACAAUUUCGUUUCGGAAAGAAGUGGUAUCAGUGUCGAACAGUGAUGAACAGUG